CCGAAGGAGCGAGGAGAGGGAACGUGAAGAAUGGCUGAAAGCUGACUGUUUUCACAGGAAACAAAUCACAAGAAGGAAACAAGGCGCAAAUACGCGGCACCUAUUAUUAUUUUGUCGCAAUUCAAAUCUUUGUACGGGUUUUUGAAUUCAGGAGAACUCCAAGAAGCCCGUUUCCAGCUUUAAUGGGACACCGAAAACGUAAAAAAGCGAAAGGUGUUGAUCUGUUUACCGUGGUGCUGCUUGGUCUUACGGACCCUCCACUCAGCGAGGAUUUAACAUAGCCCAGCUAAACGCACACAUUUCGAAUAUUCUGGGCUGAGAUUCUGUUUAUAACAACGCCCGGAGAGGAGUGCAACGGGAUUAUGUGUUUCUUUUUGCACAGACUGGAUCGUGAACAUGGAUUUUCAUUUUUAACGAUUUACGAGUUGCUAGCUAGCUGAAGGAACUCAUGAAUUUUGCUGACCAACAUUAAUAGAAAUGAAUUAAGCUGUUUGGGAGGUCAUACAGUAACGUUAGCUAUAUUUUAUGGACUUCUUUAGCCUAAUUCAACAGAAACCAAAUCUACGGGUUUUCAACUGAUAAAGAAGAGACUCGCUUUGUUUUAUCCAAAGCCAAAUACGAAAAUGCGCUUGUUGAUCAUUCGGAUAUUACUGUCGGUCUGGUCUUUAAUAUGUGGCAGUGCUGGUGGACAAGGGCAACCUAACGUUACUCCAGCUCUUUGCUCGACUUCGUGUCGCUGCGACGGAGACGGGGGUGCAGAUUGCUCCGGUAAAGGACUCGCCGCCGUGCCGACGGGACUAAGCGCUUUCACGUACUAUCUGGACAUCAGCAUGAACAACAUCACGGAACUGCCUGCAAAUGUCUUCAAAAAUUUCCCAUAUUUGGAGGAAUUGCGGCUGGCUGGAAAUGACCUGACUUACAUCCACCCAGAAGCCCUCUCCGGCCUCCACCAGCUCAAAGUGCUGAUGUUGCAGAAUAACCAGCUGAAGACUGUGCCCAGCCUGGCUCUGAAGAACCUCCUCUCCCUCCAGUCUCUGCGGCUGGAUGCAAACCACAUUGCGGCCGUGCCGGAGGACAGCUUCCAGGGCCUGCAGCAGCUGCGCCACCUGUGGCUGGACGACAACGGCCUGACCGAGGUCCCCGUGGGGCCCCUCAGCCACCUGGGCAACCUGCAGGCCCUGACACUGGCCCUCAACCGCAUCACCCUCAUCCCUGACCACGCCUUCACCAACCUCUCCAGCCUCGUGGUGCUACAUCUACACAACAACAAAAUCAAGGAGAUUGGCCAGAAUUGCUUUGCAGGCCUGGACAACCUAGAAACACUGGAACUGAACUUCAACAACCUGAUGAUGUUCCCUGAGGCCAUCCAGGCACUUCCUAAACUGAAAGAACUCGGAUUUCACAGCAACAACAUCGCCAUCAUCCCAGAGCGGGCCUUCCAUAGCAACCCUCUGCUCCGUGCCAUCCACUUGUAUGACAACCCCAUCUCCUUCAUUGGGAACACCGCUUUCCAGAACCUGUCCGACUUGCAUUCUCUGAUGCUCCGUGGAGCCAGCUUGAUGCAAGAUUUCCCCAAUCUCGCUGGGACAGUCAACCUGGAGAGUCUAACCCUGACUGGGACAAAGAUCAGUGCCAUCCCAGCUGGAGUUUGUGAGGAUCUAAAGUUUCUGCGAACCUUAGAUCUUUCCUACAAUGAAAUAAAGGAGCUCCCAGUCUUUCAGGGCUGUUUCAAGCUUGAGGAAAUAUGCCUGCAGCACAAUCGAAUCCAGGAAAUCCAUGGAGACGCGUUCCAAGGGCUGGCCUCUCUGCGCAUCCUAGACCUGAGUCGAAAUGAGAUCACAUCAAUUCACAAAGAUUCAUUUUUCUCUCUGACGGCUCUAACAAACCUGGACCUGAGUGUGAAUUCUCUGAGCUCCAUGCCCACAGCGGGGCUCAAAGACCUCAAUCAUCUCAAACUAUCGGGGAAUCUGGAGAUGAAAGGUGCUCUGGCAGCCAAGAACCUGCCUAAACUCAGGUCGAUAUCUGUCCCCUACGCUUACCAAUGCUGUGCUUUCUCCGGAUGUGACUCCACUGAGAGGCCGUCUGAGGAGGAUGAUGGAGAAAAAGCCAUGAGCACCCAAGCUACUGUCAGAGAAGAAGAGGAUGAGAGAGUCCAUCUCAACAUGCACUGUACGCCUUCUCCAGGUGCCUUCAAGCCCUGCACGCAUUUGCUGGGCAGCUGGAUGAUCCGGCUGACGGUGUGGUUCAUCUGCCUGGCGGCGCUCGUCUUCAACGCCUUGGUGCUGGCAGCCACCUUCUGCCCCGGGCGGGUGCUGUCUCCGGCCCAGCUGCUGGUGGGGCUGCUCGCUGCCUCCAACCUGCUGAUGGGUGUGUACGUGGGCCUGCUGAGUGCCCUGGACGCGGUCACGUGGGGCGCCUUCGCGGAGUUUGGGGUGUGGUGGGAGACCGGGCCUGGCUGCCGGGCCGUGGGCGUCCUGGCCGUGUUCUCGUCGGAGUCGUCCGUCCUGUUCCUGGCGCUGGCGGCGGUGGAGCGGAGCGGCGCGGUGCAGGAGCUGCUGGGCAAGGGGCCCCGGGGCCCGAGGGGCCGGCGCGCGCGUUUCGGGGGGGCCGCGGCCCUGCUGGCGCUGCUGGCCGGGGCGGCGGCCUGCCUGCCCCUCUUCCACGUGGGCGAGUUCUCCACCUCCCCGCUCUGCCUGCCUUUCUCCACCGGGGAGACCCCGUCCCUGGGCUUCACCGCCUCCCUGGUGCUCCUCAACUCCCUGGCCUAUCUGCUGAUGGUGGUGGUCUACACGCACCUGUACUGCAGCCUGGGCAAAGCAGACCUGGCCGAGCCCCUCCAGGCCGGCAUGGUGCGGCACGUGGCCUGGCUCAUCUUCACCGACUGCAUGUUCUUCUGCCCCGUGGCCGCCUUCCUGUUCGCACCGCUGUUCACGGGCGUGGCCAACAGCCCGGAGAUCACCAAGUCAGUCACGCUCAUCUUCUUCCCCCUGCCGGCCUGCCUGAACCCCGUGCUCUACGUCUUCUUCAGCUCGCUCUUCCGGGAGGACUGGCGGAGGCUGCGGAGGCUGGGGUGGGCGGGGCGGCAGGCGGAGGCCGGGGCGGGGCCGGGGGGCGGGGGGUCCGCCCCGCCGGGCGGGCGGGCCGCUCAGGAGCUGGUGUACGACUGCGGGGCCUACUCGCAGCUCCAGGCCGACCCCACCCUGUGCAGCUGCUGUGAGUCGGUGCUGCUGGCCCGGCCCUUGGCCUGCAGACACUUGGUGAAGUGGCACAGCUGCCCCGCGCUGGCCCCGCCCUGUGGGCAGCCGGGGGGGUACUGGUCCGACUGCGCCACGCCCUCUGCCCAGUCGGAGUACGCCGACGAGGGGGACUCCUUCAUCUCCGACAGCUCUGAGCAGGUCCAGGCCUGCGGGCGCGCCUGCUUCUACCACAGCCGGGGGCUGCCACUGGGGCCCUACUCCUACAACAUCCCCCGCAUCAGAGACUGACACAGCCAAUGGGCCUGUUUGGGCGUAUGUGUGUGUGCGUGCGUGUGUGUGCAUGUGUGUGCGUGUAUGUGCGUGUGUGUGCAUGUGUGUGUGUGUGUGUGUGGGAGUGUGUACAUGGGUGUGUGUGUGCGUGGGUGUGUGUGCGCGGGUGCGUGUGUGUGUGUGUGGGUGGGUACGUGUCUGCCUGUGUGUGUGUGUGUGUGUGCGUGGGUGCGUGCGUGUUUGUGGGUGCGGGUGUGUGUGUGUGUGUGUGUGUGUGUGCGUCUGGGUUUGUGCACGCACAAAGCUAACUGUAAGUAAAUCACUAUGAAUGUGUGCAGGGUACCUGUAUCACUAUGAACGUGUGCAGGGUACCUGUACAAACAUCCAUUCGGGAAGCACUUUUCGUAUCACUGUGUGACUAGAGACUUGCCUAUCAAGAAGGGAAUCUGGCAAUAUGUAAAACUUUUUUGAGCCAUGAAUCUUUUUUUUUUUUUUUUCAAGUACUUCUUUGUUUGCUUUUGUGAAUGCUUCAGCGUCAUUAUACCAGGUUCACUGUAAAAAUCAAGAUAAAAAGUACCAGCGGUACCUGGUUCAGUAGGAGAAAUUAAUGAUCAGAAUGCCUCCUUUAACUCACCUAAUCACUUUUCACAUGAAAGCAGAAAUUCAAGUGUCACAAAUAUAGAGGAGCUUGUCAUACAAAAGUUAAACUGUUUUGCUGAUACAGUUUCUGGCUGUAAUUGAUUGCCACUAAUUGUCAUCAUUCUGCUUCGCAGAUGCAAUCACUUACCAGCCAUUAAGUGUACAGUCUUAAAUGAAACGGAGGUACUGCACUCUAGUGUCAUCAUUAGACUGAUUGUACUGUUUUAGGUUCAUCAAUGUGCACAAGGAGAAGACUGGCUUAUCUUCACCAUUUGUAAUCUGGCUACCAACUCUUGUAAAGCAACUUUGAGUUUGCGGCUUCCGUUGAGCUUCAUGUAUGUUAUGUGCAGUUUUACGGAAAGUUAAACCCCUGUUUAAACUGUGGGACCCACUGUUGCUGUAGCUUUGAGAGUAGGAUCUCACUCUCCUGGUAUUAGAAACCAUAUUCACCUUUCCAUGGUAUAUGAAAAAAUUCAAGAUUAUAGCAUUAGAUUCAAAAGAAGUGUACAUAGAGUAUGUGCACAUAACAUUUGCAGCUUGUGUUGUUAAUUGCAGCCAUUUCAAUAUUUUUUGAUUUACAGUUAUUUUCCAAGCUACCUAUUUGGGUUUACAUCACUGAUAUACAGUGGGCUCCAGAACUAUUGGCACCCUUGAUAAAUAUGCACAAAAUAUAUGAAAACAAAAUGCAAAGCAAAAAAUGAAUAGUUAUUGACAUGGGCUUUAUUUCCCAACACAUGAAGUGUGCUUUAUUAAUAAUUCAUAAAAUUAUUAUCAUAAAAAACAGUUUCACAAUUGUUCGCACCCUUGGCAAAGGAGUCUUGACCUAUUUACAUUUACAUUUUAGUCAUUUGGCAGACGCUUUUAAUCCAAAGCGACUUACAAGGUUCUACCAUAAGUCAGAGCAUCACAUCCAGAAACUAGCAAAAUACACAUAUAAUUUGUGAGAAAGUGAAACAACACAUUUGGAGGGAUUUUUGACCAUUCCUCCAGGCAGAACUUGAUAUCAUUGAUAUCCUAGGGAUACCCCCCAGACAAGAGGCUUUUGAUGGGAUGUAAGUCUGGAGACUGAGGUGGCCACUGCAGAACAUGGAGGUUUUUACUUAACCGUUUCUAUGUGGAUUUUGAUGUAUGGUUGGAGUCAUUAUCCUGCUUGGACUAUCUACCUAUGACCAAGUCUCAGAUACAACCAGAUGUUCUGCCAAAAUGUCCUGGUACUAGAAUGUAUUGUGCCACUGAUCUUAAAUAGUGACCCUGGACCACUGGCAGCAAAAUAUCUCACUCUCUUCCAGUCAUAAUUUCAGACUCCAGAUGCUUGGUUUUGUUUAAAUUUUUACAUUGUACAAUUUUAUUGCCAAUUUCACCUUUUUAUUCACAAUACUUUUUGUUGGGGUGCCCAUAAUAAUCUCAGAUUUUGAGAAACAAACGACAUCACCUAAUGAAAAUAAUUAAAACAUGAGAGUAAAUGUAUUGAAAUAAAAGUAUAUGUUAAAUAACAUAUAGAUUAUUAUCUGUUGUUUAUUUUAUGCAGGUUUUUUUCUUCAUUUUUAUUAAGGGUGCCAAUAAUCCAAUCAUUCUGGACCCCACUGCAGAUACUGCCAAACUAGAGGAAACCAGGCAGAAAAAAAGAGGAUUUUGUUCAAGUGACAUUUUACUGUGAAAUUUGUUUAACAAUAACAUAACAUUGAGUUAACAUUGUUUUUAUGUUAACUCAAUGUUAUGACUGAGUGUGAACAUAGGAAAAUGGAAAGCAAAUGGUAAAUCAUUUUAUUGAUUCCCUACUGAGACUGCUGUGAAGGUCUGCAACUGCCAACUGUCUGCUCAGGUAGUGAUGAAUAUUUCCCCACAUACUUUGUACAGCUAGUUAUCGAAAUAUCAUCUUGUCACCAUUAGUUUGCUAAAGACAGCGCCAUUUUGUGAUGAUGGGAAUUUGUGUGCUAUCUUGCUCACAGUCUUUUCUCUUAUUUUUGUCUCUUUGUUUAAGAUGUUUUUUUGAAUUUUUAAUGUUAUAAAAGAUACGGUUGGGUGUGUGUUCACGGGCCGAGCCACAUGCAGUACACAGCACAUAAAGAAUGCUCACCAGUUAGAGGGCAAAAGAGCCAACUGACAUGACUAAUACGACCAUUGGUAUUUCACAAGGUAAUGCCAAAGAUAGCAGGCCAAUUAAAGGAUGUGAGUUGGGUGAGAAGGUGGGUGUAAUGAACGUGGAUAGCUAAGGGUCGAUAAGAGAGGCCCUGAGGGCUCUCGCUUAUGAAGCCUUAACUAAAUAAAGGAAAGACAAGGAUACGCGUGCGUACGUGCGUGCAUGCGCAUGCAUGCCAGUAGUGCAGAAUCCUUAGAGAUAACAUACUGAACUUUGCGGGCCAAUAUUUCUUUGUCUCGGUGAAGUACAAGUUGGCAUAAAACAACAAUAAUACAUAUUGUGGUGAGAGAUCACACAAGUGUUGACACAGGAAAUAGUUUAUUUGUUUUCUGCUGUUCAUCCCUGUGCGUCCUUUUCUUUUUCAUUGACCGUGAGUUUUAUGACAAUCAGUGAAAUGUUAUCAGAACGAUUGUGAGAAAAUACCAGUACCAGCAAGAGAAAAUGCUUUCUAACUCAUGGCUUAAUAAUAAAAAUGACAAUAACACAAGCAUGAGGAAUAGGCUUCCAACUAGUAUUGAGUCUAGCGAUACAUCUUACAUCAGGCAUUCUGGAUGUGUUUGAAUUUGUGAAACAUCAGCAUGCAGAACUGUGUGUUUUAGCACUGAUGGGUUAAUUUGCUGAACAUUUUUCCUGCCGGAAAGCCAAGGAUAAUGAGGAUGACUUUUUUCUAAUUUCAUUUCCCCUCCCAAAAUCAUUUAAUGAAAGGUUUAGCAGGGCGGACAUCCUGUAAAAUCCAUUCCUUUAGUGCCAAGUUAUCUUGUUCCCCGUCUUUUUUUAAGAAAAGUGAAAGACUUGUGACAGAAAGCUGCUGUACGGGCACACUGAUUAGUUUGUUGUGUAUUUUGUAGACUGUCAGUUUUUGCCCCUUACCCCCUCCUUUCACGUGUAAAAUACUUCCGUAUUCAUUUGGUUUUGUGUGAACAGGGUUUAAUCAGGUAUCGUGAUUGGGUCUGUUCAUCAUCUGAUGAUGCAAAUCCAUUGAGAGUUUGUUUUUAAAUGAACCGUUCCGUCAGGUGGCUGUGACUAAACCAUUCUCACCGUAAAAAAUUAGCAACGUAUACACCAAACAUUGAGCCUUCAGCCUUUCAAAUGGGCUUGUCUUCAUUUUGACCUGUUGCCGUUUGGCCCAGUUCUUACCUUCCUGUAGCUGCAGUCGCAGUAGUAUGGGUGGCUGGUGUUCUGUGCAUCGUGGUGGAGUCUCAUAGUAUUGCAUGUUAAAAAAUAAUAACAUACAGGGACAUAGGGAUUCAUUCUCUGGUGCCAGUGAGGUUGCAUAGAGGUCUGAGUGCAUUUGUUUGUGAAGGAGAAUACACUCUGCACUGUAGCUUGUGUAUGCUGGUGUGCAGUUUGGGGCUGUGGAUUGAUGUGGGUAUAACCUAUCAGGGAUUUAAGUCCAGUGACAAAACCUAAUUUGUCUGUGAUGCACCUUUUCCAUGCCAAUAUUUUACAGAUGUGGUAUAAUUGGAUCGUACUGCCUACAUUUGCGGUCUUUUAUACGACACCAGGGCCUGCAAAAUGAAGAUGCUGUACAGAAAGCGUGGAUUAAAUAACAUUUUUUCUGAGCACAAACUUUUCCACUACAGCAAAUAAUAAUGCACAAUACGAAUUUUUUAUUUUUUGGGGGAAACCUUUAACUUUGACUAUUUUAAUGGAUAUGGGUUUUGUGUUUGUCAUUGACCAGUUACACCAGGUUAUCAGUUUUGCUCUUCCUUAAUCAUUCUAGAAUCAAAUAUAAUUGGUUGUAUGUCAGUUUCAUAUCACCACUCCUUGAAAAAUAGUUUUAAUAUCGACUAAAUCUACAGUGUGAUCCAGAAGCCAACUGCAUCGCAAACACUGCUCGAUGUAUGAGCUGCAUGACAUGCUGGAGAAAAAUUCAUAAAAUGUGUCUGUGCAUUGUAAAUUCUUUUACAGAAUAUAAUUAAUCGAUAAAUGGAUGAUUUAGCCAACCAUGGAAGCUACCUCUUUAAAUGUAGUGGCUACCAGUAGUAUAUGUGAGAAAUUAUGGUUUUAAAUAAAAUGUUUUCUGUUUUGCAUUUUUGCUUGCUUUGUAAAUAAGUCUGGUUGUACAUCGUCACUGAAUGAAAUUCACACAUCAAGUUUAUACCAAUUGUGGGAGGGAUUUAUGUACUGUAUACUGUAAUUUUUGUAAACCAAACCCUUAUAUAAACAAUUGCUUUAAGAUUUU